CCGAGCAGCGGCGGCCGCCCGCGCGGCGGGGAUGCCCGGACGCCGGGCCCCGGGGCUGGGCCCCCGGCGGUAACCGGAGCGGGGGGGCCGCGCCCCCCCUCCCCGCGUCGCCGUCCCAGAGCCGCAGCUGCUGCGCCCGCGCGCUCCCGGGGACAUUCUAAGCGCCGCCGGGGCCCGCCGCCGCUCGCCCCGCUAUUCGGACCCGCGGCCCGGGAGGGGGGCGCCGCGCGCGCCUCAACGCCAUGGGCACGCUGCUGGCCUGGGUGGUCGGCGCCGCACUGGUGACCGCGGCCUGGGGAGGCUGUGUGGAGGUGGACUCAGAGACGGAGGCCGUGUACGGAAUGACCUUCAAAAUCCUCUGCAUCUCCUGCAAGCGGCGCAGCGAGACCACCGCCGAGACCUUCACCGAGUGGACCUUCCGCCAGAAGGGCACUGAGGAGUUCGUCAAGAUCCUGCGCUACGAGAACGAGGUGCUGCAGCUGGAGGAUGACGAGCGCUUCGAGGGCCGCGUGGUGUGGAACGGCAGCCGGGGCACCAGGGACCUGCAGGACCUCUCCAUCUUCAUCACCAACGUCACCUACAACCACUCGGGCGACUAUGAGUGCCACGUGUACCGCCUGCUCUUCUUUGAGAACUAUGAGCAUAACACCAGCGUCGUCAAGAAGAUCCACCUGGAGGUGGUGGACAAAGCCAACAGAGACAUGGCGUCCAUCGUGUCUGAGAUCAUGAUGUAUGUGCUCAUCGUGGUGUUGACCAUAUGGCUCGUGGCCGAGAUGGUUUACUGCUACAAGAAGAUCGCCGCGGCCACUGAGGCCGCAGCGCAGGAGAACGCCUCCGAGUACCUGGCCAUCACCUCAGAGAGCAAAGAGAACUGCACGGGCGUCCAGGUGGCCGAAUAGCCCCGGCUCCGGGCUCCGCCUCUCGGGAGAGCCAGUCCUAAACGGGGGGCCCUGAGCACAGCCCCCCAGUGGGGGUCUUGGCCUCUCCUGGGCCCCCACAAGCCUCAGAGACCUGCCGAUGGAGCCGCUGGGGUGGGAGGGGCGGGGGGCUUGGCUCACACCCUCUCCAGCCCUCUUCCUCUGGCCCCCUCGCCCACCCGCCACCAUGCAUGAUGGGUAAAGCAAUAGGGCCGCUGUCCCCACCCGCUUCUGCUGCCUGUUUGGGGGGGGCGGCGAUGUGGGGGCAGCGGCUCCGCACCCCUCCUUCUUGCUGAUUUGCACACAUUGGCUGCUUCACAUGCACACUUGGGGGGGGCCCGGCCCCUCCUCCCCCCUCCCCACCACCACCCAGCAGGGGGCUGGAUGGGCCCCAGAACAGUUUGGGGCAGGGGGUCCUGGGACCCACUCCAACCCCCAGCCGCAUUUCCCCUCUGCUUCCUCUGGCUGGACCUGGGGUCCCCUCUCCCUGUGAUGUACCCUCGCCCCAGCCCACCCCCUCCCCCCCAGCCUCUCACCAGCCUCGGUGGCCCCUCCGAAAGGGCCCGUCAGCCUCGUCUCUCUUGACACAAGUAGUUUUGUUCAUGAAAUAAAGAUUCUCCAACUUGA